GGACACUACGCGACCUGCUAAUGCCCUCGAUUGCCGCUCCCACUACUCCAAUUCCUCCCUCUCCUUGGACAACAGUGUUCUCUGACUACGGACCGAUGGGAGUAUCAAACCCGAAAGCACUUGUUUCUAAAGAUACUUCUCUUCAUAAUGCUACAGUUGUGGUGACACAUGCCAUCGGACCCAGUAUAUCUUUCACAGCUCCAGAUUCGAGCAACUAUACUACUUACACUGUCUCACAAAUGCAGCCAUUUCGACAGAGCAACUACAAGGACAUGUGCUGGGAAACGCAAAUUGGACAGGAGAUCACAAAGUUAGUCGUCAUGGAUCUACUGAUGACCAUAGCCGCCGUAUUGGUAAUCGACUUUUUUCGCGGGCUAUUAUGUCGUUACUGUAAUCUAUGGUGGUUCUGGAAUCUCGAGAAGACUUUCCCAGAAUACGGAGAAUUCAAAGUAGCUGAAAAUGUACUUCAUUUGGUUAACAAUCAAGGAAUGAUUUGGCUAGGCUUAUUCUUUGUACCAAUGCUGCCCAUGAUUAACAACAUCAAACUUAUAUUGCUGAUGUAUAUUCGAGCGUGGGCAGUAAUGACAUGCAAUGUUCCAGCCAGACAGAUAUUUAGAGCUAGCAGGUCGUCAAAUUUCUAUCUUAUGCUCUUGUUGCUGAUGUUAUUUCUUUGCACACUGCCAGUUGGAUACGUAAUUGCAUCCAGGAAGCCUUCGAAAAGCUGUGGACCGUUUGGGAAUCAGCCACAUUUCUACAGCGUGAUCACCGAUGUGCUGCAUGAAAAUUUGAAUGCAUCGCUGGUAGAUGCGAUAAAGUAUAUGACAUCCCCCGGAAUUGUCAUACCAGUCCUGCUGCUAUUGCUCUUGAUCAUAUACUUUCUCUUCGCUUUGGUGCGCGGACUCCGUGAAGCCAACCACGAUCUCUCCACACAAUUGAUGCACGAACGUACUGAAGAGAAGAAAAAAAUCUUUGAGUUGGCGGGAGGUGGAAAGAAGAGACGAGCUGUAACAUUGGCUAAAAAGCGAAAAGACACAAGAAACCCACCAGGGCUUUGGUCAUCCGAUGACGAUUCACAUUCGCAUCCGAAGUCUGUCGCUAGUGUACCACGAUCUAUUACUUCUGGUGGUCGAGCAUUUGUGCCGUCGCUAGGCUCUGUCUCUGAAGUGGACCACAGUGACACUGACGAAUCCGAUCAUGAAGUGAAAUCUCUUGUUAAGCUAACAUGGCGCCAGCAGUUUCUUGUGUGUAUUGGUUUGGCCGAUCGAAAGCAAUAUGAACGAGACGAGCCUAACCAUAUACAUGUCGAGGAAGGUCAUGCCGGUGUUGAUGACUUCAGUGAAGAAGGAGAGGACGAAGAGGACAGACGAGACUCUGAACGAGAUUAUCUUCUGCCACAGCAAGCACACAGAACAUCCAAGGAAAGAUCAGUGAAUAGCAAAAGUGAUGAGAAGGGAAGCAAUAGCCGCGACACGUCAUGCGGCACAAACUCUCACUCCUUAAGGAGAAAUCAUGCCCCAGAAACCGGCGUUGAAUUGGUUGAAAGGAACUCAAAUAGUAGACGUCCUUCCUCGUCUGAGGAGACCACUCAACACCACGAAACAGAAUUCGCAUCUCCAGGACAAAGCUUAAUGGAUGAAAGCGAAGAUUCAAAUCAUGGGGAUGAACAGAGUUCAACUUCGCAUCAACCGACCCGCGAUCAGGAGCAGAAAACUCAACAUACAGCCGAAGGCUUGUCACCUUCUUCAAGCGGAAAAUCUUUCCCAAUAUCCGCGAUUCACGGCUUCACUCCCAAUUAUGACAACACUCGUCCACCUUCCGCAGACGGCUCACUUAGCGACUCGGCUUCAUACACCGAUAUGCUUUGGAACAAUGCUAACCUACACAGCAGUUACACGUCAGCAAUGAUGUCUCCUGUAAUGACUGAAAUGCUCUCAGCUGAUGAAGGGACCGACGAUGAAAGAGCUCACCUUAUUCCUAGCAGACUGUCAUUAACCCAACAAAUAUUUGCAAGACGGCCGUUUCAACAACGAGCCCCACGCUUUCGCAUCUCUAUGUCACCACCUCGGAAAGGUGAUGCUGACGGAGAAGCAUCGAACCGCCGCUUCGAAAUGAGGGUUGCGCGGUCUCCGCAAGAACGCGCUGACAGUGGAGAAACCCAGACAGAAGACGAGUGUGGAUUGCCUCAGUUUUUGGACCGAGACGGCGAAACUGCAUCCAUACCGCCAAAAUCAACGAGGUCAAUCAGCCCAAAAUCUAUGAAGUCUUCGAGAUCCAAUUCAUUACGGAGAGGCACGACUGAUGAUGGGUCGAAUAGUGACAGCAUAAGGAAAACCGCUCAGACUACUUAUGUGUGAAGUAUUCUCAUAAAUAUUUAUGUCGUGAUA